CAGAGACUUUCCUGUUCUUUGUUGUAUAUUUAGAAUUUAAUUUAAGGUUCAUUGAACCUCUCCUCUUUCUCCUUCUAAAAAUGUCACCACCGAUCGCAAUCCGCCAAUCUGCCAAACAUGUCCUCCGGCUGCGGAUGCACCGAGGAGGAGUACAAUCUCGGCGGACUGAUGUCGAUAUGGAACAUCCUCCAAUGCCAGAGGGCGAGCGACUUCCUAAUUUCCCUCGCCUACUUCUCCAUACCGCUCGAGCUCUGCUACUUCGUCUCCUGUUCGUCUAUCUUCCCCUUCAGCUGGAUAUUCCUUCAGUUCGGCGCGUUUAUCGUUCUCUGCGGUCUGACCCACUUCGUUAACGGAUGGACUUACGCCCCUCAUUCCUUCCACCUCAUGCUCGUGCUAACGGUGUUAAAAUUCCUAACGGCGCUGGUAUCCUGCGCCACCUCGAUCACGUUAGUCACGCUCCUGCCUCAGAUGCUGCGCGUGAUGGUAAGGGAAGGGCUGCUGAGGAAGAAGACGAAAGAGCUGAGGUACGAGGUCGGGAUGAUGAAGCGCCAGGAGGAGGCCAGCUGGCAUGUACGGAUGCUGACAAGGGAGAUCCGACGGUCUCUCGACCGCCACACGAUCCUUUAUACCACCCUCAUCGAGCUUUCCAAGUUGUUGUUCUUGGAGAAUUGCGCGGUUUGGAUGCCGGACGAAGAGCGGAGGGUUUUGAAUCUGACGCACGAGCUGAAGAGGAUGGACGGCGGGGAUCGAUUGACGAUCCCCCUCGAUGAUCCAGACAUCGCUGAGGUGAUCGAACGGAAGGGGGUUAGGGUUCUUGGGUUGGAUUCGAGGCUGCGGCGGGUUUUCGGUUCAGGGGAAGUGACUGCGGUGCGGGUGCCGAUACUUAGGGUUUCGAAUUUCAAGGGCGGGACGCCGGAGAUGGUCGAGGAGUGCUAUGGGGUGCUGGUGCUGGUCCUGCCAUUGGGCAGGGGUAGGGACUGGGCCCUGCACGAGCUGGAGAUCAUCGAGGUGGUUGCUGAUCAGGUCGCCGUCGCGCUGUCUCAUGCUGCGGUCCUGGAGGAGUCAGUGCGGAUGAGGGAGAAGCUGAUGGAGCAGAACAUGGUGCACCAGCGGGCCAGGCAGGAGGUGCUGCUGGCGAGAGAGGCACGGGAUGCGUUCAAGAAGGUGAUAAGCCAGGAGAUGGCAGCUCCGUCCCGGUCCAUCACAGCCAUCCUUUCUUGCCUGGAGCAUGAUGAUCUGCGCCCUGAUCAGCAGGCCGUCGUGGACGUCAUGAUGAAAAGCAGCCUCCUUUUAUCCACUUACAUUGAGGAUGUUGCGGAUGUUUCAAAUAUGGUCGACAGUAGAUUGGAGCUUGAAUCUCGUCCAUUUAGCCUCCAUUCGAUGCUAAGGGAUGUAAUCAAUAUAUUGAAGCUUUGGUGCACUUUCCGGGGCGUGUGUUUUGAUUUUGAUGUCCCGAAGGACACGCCUGAUUGUGUGGUUGGGGACGAUAAGCGGGUUGUUCAGGCAGUCUUGUUCAUGGUUGGGAAUGUGGUGCUUUAUGGUGAUCCAGGGAAUGUUAUUCUCCGACUGUGUGUAUUGGGUGGGCCUGAUCCUAAGUACUUAGCAUGGAAGCGAUCUAUGGGUGAUGAUUUUGUAUGGUUGAGAUUCGAGGUCAGCAGAAUUGAUUCAGAAGAAGAUGUGUCAAGCUUAGUGAUGCAGAAGGAUGGGGAGUACAGUGGUUGGACCGUUGCUCAUGGUCUUAGUUUCACCAUUUGCAAGAAGCUAGCUGAGCUCAUGCAUGGGACCGUAACUGCUUUACCAACCCCUGAAGGUCAUCACAGGAAUAUAAACAUGACAAUCAGAUUACAGCUCAGACGAUCGCAGGGUGGUACUAUUCAGUCAAAGUAUCCUCAUCAUGAAACUUCUGGUUUCUUAUUCAAAGGAAUGGAUAUCCUUCUUGCAGACGGUGACAGUUUCAACCAAUCCAUCACAAGGAAGCUUCUCGAGAAAAUGGGUUGUCAUCUAUUCGUUGCGUCGUCUUGGUAUGAGUGCCUGGAUACCCUCCAUCAAAAUGUUGGCGAAUUUCAUCUGCUGCUAAUUGACCUCAACAUGCUUGAGGAAAGCAUCCACGAGAUGUCCGCUCGUGUAAGGAAAUUACAGUCUGGAAGUUGGCGUUUGAUCAUUGGAUUGACGUUGAAAGCUAAUCAGGAGAUCCGAGAUCGAUGUCGUCAAAAUGGGAUUCAUGGGGUUAUCUGCAAGCCAGUUGUAUUGCAAGAGAUGGAAGACGAGCUGCAGAGGAUCAUUCAACACGGGGGGCAGUUGCCUGGCCCUCUUCUUCAUGGUAGUGACCCACAGAGUUAGAUGAAAUAUAGGAAACUGAGUUUGAUUCAAAUACAAGAAGCUUCUUCAUUGUAAAGUACUUGCAUUAUUUCUCAGUAAUUAGAAGACAGAGAAGAGAGAGUUGUGCAA